AUGGCCGAAACUCUGGAGGAAACACUGAACAAACGGAAAACUAGAGUGUCUUCGUCAGACGAAUCUUCGAUAUCGAACGCUUCUCCAGAAAGCAAAAAAUUGAAAAGCGGCGAGCACGCUGUUCGUGUCCAUGAAGUAAGCGAGCUAGACACAGAAGAAGACGUAAGUUUACCGGCCUUGAAUAUGACCGAAGAGUUUAGCGACACACUUCAAAACAUUUUAAAGAAGCUAGACAAACUGGACAGUAUUGAAAAAUCAAUGAAAGAUUUUCAAGCGACUCUUUUGAAACUUGAAGGACCCUUUUUACGUCACCAGAAGCACGACGGCAACCACUGUGUUGGUGACAUCACGUGCAAAAAUGGUUGCUGUAGGAACAAUCCGUGUCUGAAUGGAGGAGCCUGCACUGAUGAAAUCUGUGAACCCAUCAGCGUUCGAUACAAGUGUUCUUGUGCGAACCCGUUUGUUGGAAAACACUGCGAGAUUCAGCUGAGAAGCUUGUUCUGUGAUUUUAAUUCGGAGCCUGGAUUCGCCUGGAAUUUGAUCGAGUCGCUUAGAAACUUAAAAAAAAGCAACACAGACGGCACGGUAUAUACGGAUUACCUGCGAGCCUCAUUUGAAGACUUCGACCUCGUCAGAGUCACACCCACGUUGGUAAGUAACUGCCAAAAGUACGAGCUUGUCAACAUCCGGGGAAACGAAUGUGCUAAUUGCAUGGCAGCGACUUGGUAUCUAAAAGGCUCUCUCGCUCUACACAUCGACAGUUCAAUAAGCCUUGGUUGCGAUUUCGAUGGAAAUCAGAGUGGUGAUGUCGUGGCAAGCGAGGACAAUUUUGGAGUUUAUCAUGAUGUAAAUUCGAAAUUUCGGUGUACUUCCAGCUCAGAAGCAACCACUCAGUUUUGGGUUGGAGGCAAGUGAUUUCACGAACGCGGUACACUCGGUUUAAAUUUUCUUACUUUCGAUUUCAUUUGUCUAUGAAAGAACACGAUAUAAAAUAUUUCUGUAAGCUAUGGCAGGAGUCCAAUACCUUUUCUUGUCGAAUGUUACACUGCCGUAGCCCGGGUCCUCCCUUCCCAGUAACAUUGCAAGCUGUAUGGCAGUGGCAUAAUAACAUUGAAUUUCAAGUUUUGAACGUGAUUCAUGCACUUGAUAACUUGUUUCUUGUAAAGUGCAAGCUAUUCGUUUUCAGUACGGAAACGGGUGUAUGCCCUGCAAUUGGAGAUUCCAGAUGUCACCAUUACGUUACUACAGGUUCGCAUGCAAGGAAGCUAUAAACCUAGUAGAUUUUGCCAUUUUCUUUAAUUUGGCAGUUAGCAAACUUUCCGUGAA